CCAGGUACUAAUGUGGUUUGCUAAAAUGUGCACCGAGUGUGUGUCUAGUUACUGCAAGCAGGAUGCAGGGUCCAGACACACACCCAACAUCAUCCGCACACGUCAUGCAAGAUGUCUGCGCACUGUGCAAAUGCUUGCUCGGCUACCGGGGUCGAGAACAUUGAAACUGGAACCACGGUUCGGGAACAAACCGAACCCCAUGUCUGUAACUCUCCGACACACGAGUUUGUGUACUCCGAUAGAGAUUUCAUCCGGAGCGGGGUUCUGUGGCUGGAUAAACGCCGAGUCGGUUUGAACAGCGAUUGUGCAGCUGGUUGUCAGCCGCUGUCUCGGUUCGAUCUGACACUUCGGUUGGGAUGGUUGGAGAAGGAGCAGCUCGGGUUUUUCCGGUACCAUCUCGGGGAUUUGCAAACUAAGAUUCUGCCCGGCCCGCACGGGUUCGUGGCCCAGUUAAAUAUUCAGCGAGGAAAGGAGAGACGAAAACCACAAGAAAUACAAAGUAUUAGACAAAGCUUUAACCCGAACCAGUUCAACUUUAAUAAAAUCGAACCGGGGGAAAUUCUGUUUGAAAUCAGGAAGGAAAAUAAGCACGAGCCCAGCACAGAACCACAAUUCAGUACAGUCAGCAACGGUCAGAGUGUCUCAGGUACUGACGCAGCUCAGAUAGAUCCGAAUGGUCCUGCUUAUUUAGAUGGUGGGGUUACUCACACUAAAACGCUGGUUGUAAUUAAUGUGAGCCCAUUGGAGUUUGGGCACUGUUUGAUUAUCCCCGAACCAUCCCUGUGCCUUCCUCAGGUUCUAACCCGGGACGUGGUCCGAAUCGGGAUCGAGUCCGUUCUGCUGAGUUCCCAUCCGGGUUUCCGAGUGGGUUUUAAUAGCCUGGGUGCAUUUGCGUCUGUGAACCAUUUACAUCUUCAUGGCUACUAUCUGGACCACAUGCUUCGCAUCGAGUCUGCCCGAACCGAACCUCUCUGUCCAGGGCAAGCAUUUCACCUCCUCUCAGAUACCCCCGCCGGCUUCCUAUUUUACACCGAGGGCGAGUGCUUGGGUGCACUGAUCCACAACAUCUGCAAAGUCACCGACUGUUUAGUGGAAAAGAACAUUGCACACAACCUGUUCGUGACUCGAGGCCGCCCACCCGGUGCCUCACUUCAUUCCGGGACGUCCCGGCCAGGGAUCCGCGUCAUUAUCUGGCCCCGGCUCUCCUGCUUUGGGGCCAAAGAGGAAACCGCGUUUAACGUGGCCCUGUGUGAGCUUGCUGGUCAUUUGCCGUUCAAGAACCGACAAGAUUUCGAUACGAUCACCGAGGCUGAAGUGACAGAAAUCGUCCAGAAAUACCUCCUCCCUGAAAAGGAGUUUUCUAUGCUGCAGUCACAACUGAUGCACCUUCUACACGAGUAAACGCUGAACACUGAGAACCUAUACUGUAAUGUGGUUGUAAUGUUAAAAAAAUCAUUAUCAGUCUGUCAACUAAAUAUGCUACAAACUUGUACAACCCCAAAUGCUUUUUUUUUUUUUUUUAAUUAUAAAGGUAUACAACACCGUUUUUUUUUUCUUGUUUCAUAUACAUUUUGGUCAAAUGGGUUCUGUAAAUAUUAUAAUUCUGUUUAUAUUACCACACUGAAGAAUGAGUAUGUGUAAGUAAAGUUAAUAUUGUGGAA